AUGCUCUCUUUCCUAUGUUGUUUUCCAAAUAGGAAUAAAGAAGAUAAAAAAUGGAAAGAAAUCGAAGAAGCAGCAGAGAAUCUGGAUCAGAAGCCAUCAUGGGAUGCCCCGGAUAAUACUCUCAUGAUGCAAGCUUUCGAGUGGCAUGUGCCUGAUGAUCAGAACCACUGGCGCCGUCUUCGAAAAGCACUACCCAGUUUGAAAGACAUCGGAGUGGAUAAUAUGUGGAUUCCUCCUGGAUGUAAGGCUAUGAGUCCGUCUGGCAACGGAUACGACAUAUAUGACCUGUAUGAUCUGGGAGAGUUUGACCAAAAGGGAUCCCGUGCUACGAAAUGGGGAACUAGAGAGCAACUGGAAGAUCUCGUCUCGUUUGCCCGAGAUCUGGGUAUUGGGAUCUACUGGGAUGCCGUGCUCAAUCAUAAAGCAGCUGCAGACUAUACAGAACGGUUUCCAGCAGUCAAGGUCGAUCCAGGCCAAAGAAAUGUGGAAACAUCCUGCCCUGAAGAGAUCGAAGGCUGGGUUGGAUGGGAUUUCCCCGGUCGUGGAGACAAAUACAGCUCCAUGAAGUACCACUGGUAUCACUUUAGUGGUCUCGAUUGGGACGACUCGCGAAAGGAAAAGGCGAUAUACAAGAUCGUGGGCCCCGACAAGGGCUGGGCCAAAGACGUCAGCGACGAGAAUGGCAACUAUGACUUCUUGAUGUUUUCAGACUUGGACUAUUCCAACCGUGAGGUCCGAGAAGAUGUCCUCAAAUGGGGACAAUGGAUUAGCACGGAGAUGUCUCUCAGUGGGAUGAGAUUGGACGCAGUGAAGCACUAUUCAGCUGGGUUUCAAAAGAAAUUCAUCGACCAUCUUCGAGAAACUGUCGGGUCGGAUUUCUUUAUUGUGGGAGAAUACUGGAAGGGUGAAGUUAAUAUCCUAUUGAAUUACUUGGAGGAGAUGGAUCAUAGGCUUUCGCUGUUUGAUGCUCCUCUGGUCGGUCGUUUUUCGAGCAUUUCCCGUACAGACAGAGCAGAUCUUCGGCAUGUUUUGGAUGGAACUUUGGUUCAAACUGAGCCCAAAUACGCAGUGACAUUUGUCGCAAACCACGAUACGCAACCUGGACAGUCUCUAGAGGCCCCAGUUUCAGCGUUCUUCAAACCUCUCGCAUAUGCUUUAAUCCUGCUUCGAAGCCAGGGACAGCCAUGUAUCUUCUACGGAGACCUCUACGGCAUCAAAGGUGAUGCCAACCAUACCAUGCCUCCAUCCUGCGGAGGCAAACUCCCGACUCUCGCCCGUGCGCGCAAGUUGUACGCCUACGGUGAACAGCGGGAUUAUUUCGAUCGUCGAAACUGCAUCGGUUUCGUGCGGUAUGGCAACCGUCGGCACCGAGACGGUCUUGCGUGUGUGAUGAGCAAUGCCGGCGCAUCACACAAGCGCAUGUAUGUCGGUCGAAACCAUGCUGGAGAACAAUGGACCGAUAUUCUCGAAUGGCGCAAAGAGACAAUCACAAUUGAUAAUCGUGGCUACGCUGAUUUCCCCGUUGCUUCAAUGAGUGUCAGCGUGUGGGUAAAUGCGGCCGCGGAGGGAAGAGCCAGUCUUGGGCGACAUUUCAACAAAUAUAUUUACAAGUAUAAUUAA